CGCUGCGCUGAUAAAAUAAUGGUGGUUCUGCUGUGAGAGGUCAUCUUUCGCCAUCUUGCGAGAAGCCGGGAAAUUCUAUGACAAUAUUGGAUGUGAAACUUAGUUGAAGAACAGUAGUUUGUGUAUAUUUAUUGAUAAAUCAACCCUUAAUUUUUGAGGUAUUUCUCGUGAACAGCAACGGGUUACAUCAUUGUAUUCGACUCGAAAAGUGGUAAAAUGAUCAGGCAGUGAAAGGCGGGGUGUGAAAUAAAUUUGCAGUUCUCAAAAGAGCGCACCAGGCCCAUUGACUAUUGCAUGGAUAUGUGGCUGUGUAGUGCUCCAGCACGAGGCCGUAAUGAGUGACAAGUUUUGUGCACAAAGUCUGGAGUAAAGAAGGGCGUGUUUCUGAAUAUUCUUCCUUAAUUUGGUCGAAAUUUGGCGUCAACCGAUAAUUCGUGCUUCUCGAGGAGCUUGGAGGCUUCUCAGAAGGAGUACAUUUGUACCUGUUUCAAGCUAUUCACAUUUUCUUGGGGUCAAUCCAAGCCCUACUGGCCGAGGAGGUCACCACCCAUUCAGUCCAUUUUCAUUUGUGCCAACUUUGUGUGGGCACAGUGCUGUAUGUUCCAGCCUGGCGAAUUUUGUAGAAAACAAGCCGAACUCCAAGAUGGCCAGCAUGAGCAGGGCGAGGGUUUAUGCUGACGUCAACUCUCAUAGACCUAGAGAAUACUGGGACUAUGAAUCACAUGUUGUUGAAUGGGGGCAACAGGAUGACUAUCAGAUCGUCAGGAAGCUGGGAAGGGGGAAGUACAGUGAGGUCUUUGAGGCAGUUAAUAUCACCAGCAAUGAAAAGUGUGUGAUCAAAAUCUUGAAGCCUGUAAAAAAGAAGAAAAUUAAGAGAGAAAUCAAGAUCCUGGAAAACCUAAGAGGAGGCCCUAACAUCAUAGCACUACAAGCCAUUGUCAAAGAUCCAGUGUCCCGGACGCCAGCUCUUAUAUUCGAGUAUGUCAACAACACAGAUUUCAAGCAACUUUACCAAACGUUAAAAGACUAUGAAAUCAGGUACUACCUGUUUGAACUUCUUAAGGCUUUAGAUUACAGUCACAGUAUGGGUAUCAUGCAUCGUGAUGUCAAACCACACAACGUCAUGAUAGAUCAUGAAAACAGACGGCUACGUUUGAUAGACUGGGGUUUAGCAGAGUUCUACCAUCCUGGCCAAGAGUACAAUGUCAGAGUAGCAUCAAGAUAUUUCAAAGGUCCAGAACUCCUAGUCGACUACCAGCUGUACGACUACUCACUAGACAUGUGGAGUCUGGGCUGUAUGCUAGCGAGUAUGAUAUUCCGCAAGGAACCUUUCUUCCACGGCCACGACAACUACGACCAACUUGUGAGGAUUACCAAAGUCCUUGGCACAGACGAGCUCUAUGAGUACCUGGACAAGUAUCAGAUUGAACUGGAUCCGAGGUUCAAUGAUAUCUUAGGAAGGCAUUCACAUAAACGAUGGGAACGGUUUGUCCACAGUGAAAACCAGCAUCUAGUCAGUCCAGAGGCUCUUGAUUUCCUGGAUAAACUAUUACGUUAUGAUCACCAGGAGAGACACACUGCAAGGGAAGCCAUGGAACACCCUUACUUCUAUCCAGUUGUGAAGGAACAGAACAGAUCGAUGCCACCAGUCAUGAGUACGCAACCCAACACCUCAACUAGCGCCACAAAUUCAAGCAGCGCAUCAUCUGCUCGUAAAGCGAUCGACACGAAAGCACGGCCGUCCGGCACCAUCCCUGGAGCCCCCUUGAUUCCGACACCCACAGCCCAGACUGUCUCACCGAUACCCAACCCCAGCCCAGCAGCAGCAGUAGCACCAUAGAUCAGUAUCCUCUGGACAGUGGUUUAACCAAAACAUGGAGAAGGUGUUGGGGAGAGAGAGAGGGAGGGAGGGGGAGGAGGCAAGAUGGUGCUAGGUUGUGGGUCAACACUGAUACUUAUGUCUUGCUUUGGAGCUCAUUUUGACAGCUCCCGUUAUUGAUAUUUUUUCUACGGGAAAAUGUAAGGAUAGUUCUCGUACCCUAGUAUCUCUGUUGCACGAUCAGCAUUAUGGUUUAGAAGAUGAGCUCCUUCAUUCCCAUCACGAUCCCUUCCCAACAUUUGUUCCACGUUGAAAUUUUGAAAGAUCCAUUCUUUUGGCUACACCACUUCACAAUUGUUUCCAUCGUUGUACAUCCUUCCUUGCUUUUGCAAAAAAACACUUAAAUUUAGAUCAAGAAUCCUUGAAGAAUGCAUUUACAUUUUUGUGUCUUUGAGAGUUGUUUGAUCUGCCAUGCCAAACAGCCUGGCCUGGGUUAUAUUCUGGGAUUCCUGAUUUUGACACAAGAGAACAACUAAUAUUGACAAGGGCAGCGCUCUCUACAUUGUUUCUCUUGAAGUUUAUAGCAAGAGGGCAUUACCAAUAUUUUUCUCUCAAAGUAGAGUAGAGUAGCAAGUGGGUUACAUGCACUUGUAGCGCAACUACAAAAUCCAAGCGAUUGAUUUGGUGAUUUUGAAUGUGAAUAGUCUGUGUCGAGAUAGGAAUCAAGUUUGUCCCUUCCUUUUUCAAUGUAUAUGGUGUGUAAGAAAUUAACAAGUUAUAUUUUAGAAUGAAAAGGAUAGGAGAUAAAACAAUGUAAAAGAUGUCGAUUGGUGGCAGUUUUCUUGAAAUCAAUGAUGCCCAUGGCAAGCUGUAAUUGCCUUGUAUAGUAGCAUUUAAAGUGGGCAUGACUGAUUUUAUACUAUUUCACUGACAGGCUGUGAGGCCUUUAACUUUGUUGUAUGAUUUUAAUGAAAAUUUUGAGGCAAGUUUUAAGUUAUGAUAUAAAGUUUGGGUUGUAUUUUAUCAUGAAUUUCCUAGAUACAGAAAAUGGAAAUCUGUUCUGUUUUUUUUUAAUAUGAUGACUCAUUCGUAUGUUUGUAUGUCUGAAUGUAGUGUGGGUACUGACUUCAUACCAAAUAUUGAGUACCGAAUGUCAAGCUUACAAUGGUUUAAAAAAAACCUGCAACAAAUUGGCGAAAGUUCAGUAACUGUUCAAAUUAUCAGUCUAAGAAUGUUUUAUAAUCUACCAGUAGAUAUUACAGUGAUGUUGAUAUAGGUAUUUGCUCAGACAAAUAAAAAAAAAAGUUGGGAUUCAUGUAAGGGGAUGACAGCAGAUAUAUCCAUUUUAUAUGGUCUUGAAGUAGUUUGUCUUCUUUUCAAAUAGUCCUGAUACCUCAUGUGCUGAACUCAUUUGGUUUCAUCAUUCUUGGUCUAAUUGUCAUUUACUUUAAUGCCCACAUUGUCUAAUUUCAAUUGGCAAUUUCAACCCAUGGAAAACCCUCAUUCACUGUAGCAUUAAAGCUUCCCCAAUUUUGCAGAUUUGAACAAAAAGGUUGUGAAAAGAAGCACCCAAAAAUGAUAAUCAAUGUUUUGCCUGACAGAGAUGCUGUCAUCUACCAUUGGGAAAUGAUGAAAAUAUAUGUAAGUGUUAUAAAUUGAUGGCAUUCCAUGUGAAAGAUGUAUUAAGCUCAUCUUGGAAAAUCUGCAAAUGGUAAUUCCCAAUUCAUAGAUUUUGUUUUAAUAAGACAUAGAGCUUGACAGUGGCCUAUUUUUUUAAGGCCAGGGCUAUUGUUUGUUGUUAGACAAAGAAGGAAGCCCUUGAUUUUUAUUUAACUCUUAUUUUCACAAACUUAGCUACACUCCUGCCUUUUACAGUGGCAUUUUUAUACAUAUUAAUCUUCUCCUGUUGAAAAUUUAUUAUAGCCCCUAAGAAAACUCAUUUUGUUACAGUGUUCUACAUAGGUGGUCAUUAUAGAACUUCAUUGUUACAGAAGCUGCUAUGGUGACUGGAAUGAAUACAGUUUAUUUAAAGAAGUGAAUUCCAUCACAUUUUUUAGAUCGUUAAUGCUAAAAAUUGUGAAACCUUGCUACAAUUGGGUACAAAUCUAUGAAGCGAUAUGUAAGAGAGUUUUCAUGAACCAUUGCGUGUUAUUUUAGUUCAGGCUAUGUUAACCCACCCCCCCCCAAAAAAAAAGUGAACUUGGUUUGAUUUAAUGUGGUGUAUACUUCCUCAUAAGGAGUACAAGUCUCCAUUUGUUACGCAACCAGUCGGGUAUAUGUAUCAUUGUGAGAUUUUUAUUAUACUAUGUAUUUAUGAAUCAAACCAUCAUUUGGGGGACAUGUACAGAUGAACUGAAUUUUGUAGAAUUCUAAGAUUGUAUAUUUUGUACCACUUUUCUUCUUUUUUGUUUCUUUAAUUUCAACCAUGUCAGCUUCUGGUUUGAGAUUUUCAGUAUUCUCUAAUAUACUCUAAAAGAUGUCUACAACUAUUUCAAAGAGAAAUUUUACCUUUUGUGAGGGCUGAACUCUAAACCAUUUCAGACUAUUUCAAAGAGGAGAUCUCAAUAAAAUUCUGCCAUUUGUGAGGUUGAUAUUUUUGUCAGUGCAGUUCAUUUCAUUGAGAAUUCCUCAUUUGCAUUUCAAGAAGCUUUGAAUGAGUCUACAGGAAUGGGUUAUAAAACUGCCUUUGAUUUGAAACUUUUUGAUAAUGAGUUCUCUCUUAGGUGCGAUAUGUUAUGAGUGAUCUACUAUUCAUCAUUCAUCUUUUUUUUCUUAUUUUUUAGCAGUCCUUGUUUUAUGUUGCAUUUUUUUCAGUGGAGAGAGGGUCAUAUUUAUUAUUUGCUUGUCUCCAAAAACUUCUUUAAAAAAUGCAACCUGAUACUCUGAACUGAAAGCACUUUUAAAAAAUGACAAUAAAGUUAGAAUUAAUCUUUAGAAAAAAAUAACAAACCUCCCCUUCCGCAUUGAUGGAUAUAUUAAGCAUUACAGGUUAUCAGUUUGAGUGCAAAAUAACUUUACACACUGUAGCAAAAUGUUAUAAUUCCUGCUUAUUUAUUUCCGGAUUGAUGGGGUGGGAGGAUGAUUAUUUCUCAAUGCUUUUGUUAGAGAAAGCUUUGCAUGAUACUAAACAGUGAUGUUAAAAACUUAGUGAACCUCACAAGAAAAUGAACAUAGUUGAAAGUGUUCAAGUUCUGCCAUGUUAUAGUUAUUCAGUUGUGAAGUCAGGUGAUAAAAUACUACAUUCAAUAAAGUUUGUUUCUCUGAGCUCGCAAGACAUUGUAGUGUUGUUGUCUACAUUCGACACUCGGUAUGAAGGAGUGCAUUUCAUGUUGGGGUUUACUAACUUUCUAGCACAACUGUAUAGUCUACUAUUGUGGCAUUCUUGUAGGAUUUUUAUAAAGGGAAAUUCUUUAAAGAAAUUCUGUAUAAGAUGGUGAGCUUGAAUUAUUACCUCUGUUUUUUUUAUAUUGUCAGUAUUCACUGAUUAUAUUCUGGCUUGAAUGGUAAAAUAUUGAGAUGCAAAGAAAUGAUAGAUCCACCUUUCUUCCUCGUAACACAAACAUGGACCACAUUGUAUAGCUGCUUAAUCAGAUUCUGAAAAAUGAUGAAUGUAGCUUGAAUGUAUCAUUUUCUCUUCAGAAUUGUCUUAGAAAAAUAAAAUGAAAAUUCAAAAUUGUGUUCUUCCUAGCUACAUAAUAGUGGACCACAUUGUAUAGAAGUUAACCCAGAUGAGAACAGGGGAAUGUACUCUGGAAUUGAAUAUGAGUUUCCAUUACUUUGGAAUCCCUUUUUUUAUAAUUAUAUUUGUGAUACAGUACUGUGAUUAUCAGUGUGUCCCCUAUGUUUUCUUAUGCAGGAUUUCAAGACAGUGCCCAUUUAAUGGGAAGAAUUUUGCUUUUUAUUUAACGUGAGAGAAAUUAAAUACUCGUAUAGUUCAGAGAUGGAGAUGAUACAUAGAGAAUUUUUUUUAUUUUAUCCCCUUCACUAACGAGACUAAAAAACCUUGACUGUUGCUAGUAAAAUCACAAAGCAAGAUGUGAAUUUUUGGUAGUUUCUGUCAUUUUAUUUAUAUCGUUGGCCCAGUCUGCCCCAGUCCUAGGUUGUUUAUAAUACCUAUGAGAUGUGAAAUUUAGAUGGAUAUUGGAAAUUACGAGUGCUGCACUGUUUGUAGGGCGAGACUUUCUUUUAGUUUGAAUUGUUAGUGAUGCUGCAUCCUGUAGUAUGCAUUUUAUAAAUUGCUACCAAUGGCAAAUUAAAAGCAAGCGAGGGCAGCAGACUACCAGUGCUAUAGUAUGCAGCAAAUGUAAUUUAUAGCUACAGUAAGAAAACUUGUCAGGGGAAUAUAGACUUCCCUUAUUUUCUGUGAAUACCUUUUGAUUACUUGUAAAUUUAACCCUUUUUUUCAAAUCAUCAUGUAGAACUCUUGUAAACCUGACAUGUAUUACAUUUUUUUUCAUUCAAUAUUUGGAGGAAAUGGUUUCCUCUGUAAUGUUCUUUUGUGAUUUGGUUAGUUUUGAAAACACCAAAUAUAUUAAUGUCCACCGUUUGUGAGGUGUGCAUAGGAAAGUGAUUUUAUUUCAGUAUUUUUUAUGGUUAACACUGAGUGUCAAAGUAAAGUGUCACAUGGGUCGAUUGAGAUACCUACUUUUCUUUCCCCUACUCAUUUGAUGGUACAUAAACAUGAUAAUGAAUAAUAAAUAUUGAAAAUUAUUGUUGUCAACACU